UUGAACUGCCCUCACAAGAUUCUUUCACCUUCCAUUUCCCUUCCCGCCAAGGUCCCUAGAUACACCUGGGGCACGUACUCCAACAGACGGUGUGACAUUGCGACCCAAUUAUCUCUCCCUCGUCGGCUCACCUACGCCGGGACAUACAAGAUAUUGUCGCGCCUAACGCCGAUUUCUCGGCUGCCGUUUUGUUUCCUUCGAAGGUAAAGAAGUAAAAUCCACAGUGACACACUUCCGCCUCUUCCAUCAUCCCGCGCCAGCCCCUCUCUCUCUCCUCUCUCUGCCCUCCGUCGUCCCCCUGGCAAAACCUCCUCGGCUGCAAUCCCCUCAGCUCCAAUCUCUCUCUCUCUCUCUCUCUCUCUCUCUGUGGGGUUCUCUGUGUGUGUAUUGUUGCGUAUAUCGAAACCCCUGAUUCGACAAGCCAUUACCCCGCCCUCAAUUUCCCGACCCAGCAUGGAGGAGGACGAGAAGACGGCAGCCGGAGGCGCCGAUUCGUCCCCUAGGGUUACGCCCUCCUACGUCAAGUCCGGCGACCGGCAGGUCUUCACCGUGGAGCUACGGCCCGGCGACACCACAAUCGUGUCCUGGAAGAAACUCCUCAAGGACGCCAAUAAGGUCCGCAAUGGAUCCUCCGCCUCUGCCUCUGCUGCCGGGCCUUCCUCCUCAGCUGCCGCUCAGGCUGCACUCGAGCCUCGCCCCCUGCCGGGACAUGUUAUGGAAAAUGAAGCAAACGAUGCUGCUGCUCCAAAUCGGUUUAGUGCCGUAAUUGAAAAGAUCGAGAGGCUCUAUAUGGGUAAAGACAGUAGUGAUGAGGAGGAUCUCAAUGACGUCCCUGAUGAUGAUCAAUAUGACACUGAGGACUCCUUUAUUGAUGAUGCUGAGUUGGACGAAUACUUUGAAGUUGACAAUGCAGCUGUAAAGCAUGAUGGCUUUUUUGUCAACAGGGGGAAGUUAGAGUGCAUAAAUGAACCUACUGCUCCACCUAGUCAGCAGGCAAAGAAAAGGAGGAGAAGAGACGUGAUGAAGGGCAGCGGUGAAAAAGAUGAUGGUAUUUUGCCAAAUAAACAUAUCAAAGUGGGAAAGACCUCUUCCGGGAAAGAUGCAGCACUGGUUGGGAGCAAUUCAUCAUAUCUAUCGCAAAGUUUGACAAUGAUGAGGCAGCCUCAUGAGGAUGCUAAAGCUUCAAAUCAAUUUAAUUUGUCUGGAAGUGGUGUUAAGAAGAAAUCUGCUGACAAUACUAGGGACAUGGAAAAGCAAAAGACAGGAGCCCCCUCGUCUAAAAGUAUUCAUAGCAAGCUGAAGGAUCCAAGUGGAUCCUCAGAUGUUUUGCAUCACAAAUACCAUGAUAGAAGUUCUUUCACAUCAUCUAAAUCACAAGCUGGAAGAACUGCUGAGGAGUACGAAAAAUUGAAUCGGAGAGAAAAGCAUGGUGUUCGUGAAGUGCCUGAUUUAAAUAUUCCUGACAGCAGACAUAUGGAAACAUCAGUUGAUUCAGGAUCUACCAUUUUGCAGAAGACAGCGCAGCACAUACCCAGGAAGGAUGGUGCAAGUGGUAGGCCAAAAAUUUCUUUGCUUGAGAAAGCUAUCAGGGAUUUGGAAAAGAUGGUUGCCGAGUCAAGGCCACCUGUAGCAGAAAAUACUGAGACUGAUAUAUCAUCGCAAGCCGUGAAGAGGAGAUUGCCUACUGAUAUAAAGCUGAAGCUUGCUAGAGUUGCUAAACUGGCGUCGAGCCAUGGAAAAAUAUCUAAGGAGCUAAUAAAUCGCCUUAAUGGUAUUGUUGGUCAUUUGGUCCAGCUUAGAACCUUAAAGAGAAAUUUGAAAAUGAUGGUUAAUACGAGUCUUUCGGCGAAGCAGGAGAAAGAAAAUAGGUUUCAGCAGAUAAAGAAAGAAGUGGCUGAUAUGGUUAGAGUACGGGUGCUCUCUUUGGACUCUAAGGCUGGAUCAUCUGAUGAUUUUCAAGAGUUGGGUCCUAAUGUCAAAGGUCUUACCCCGACAAAGUAUGACAUGGAUCCUGCUGUGGAGGACAAGAUCUGUGACCUCUAUGAUCUUUACAUAGAUGGUCUGGAUGAGGAAACUGGUCCACAAAUCAGAAAACUCUAUUCUGAGCUUGCUCAAUUAUGGCCAAAUGGCUUUAUGGAUAACCAUGGGAUCAAGAGUGCAAUUUGUCGGUCCAAAGAGCGAAAGAGGGUAGUGCUGAACAACAGACAUAAGGAUCAAGUGCGAAUUAGGCGGAAGAAGUUGUUGACACCAAAAACAGAGCCUAGUACUGUUCGAGCAGAAUCGGGCUCAAUUGCUCAGUCCCAGCACACUUCUCAACCUCACCAUUCUUUGGAUAGGUUAGCUGUUGAGCCUAGCACCCACACUUCAACUUCAGCAAACAAGCAGGUUCCGGGCACUUCAGCCAUUAGGGCACCAAGCCCAAGGAAUGGUUCAUCCUCAGACAGGGUCGUUAAGCAGGAGAAGGCCAAGGGAAACUCGAGCAGCCCAGUGGACGAUCCGAGGGUGGCUGAGGGAGCCCAGUUGCAGAAGAAGGUAAAGAGGAAGCCUGAGGUAGACUUGAAUGAGAUGCCUUACCCCGUGGAGAAGUUGCCGUCACAACAUGGCGAUGACAGACUGAACCCUAACCCUCUCAAGCCAAGCGGAGGCCUCCCCCAAAAAUCGAGCCUUAAACAGAACUCUGCCGCCAGCUUUGAACAGUCGAGCUGACGGCCAGUGAUGUAGCUCUCAAAUAUUAGGUACUUAACAGCUUUCAAAAGGUCUGUAACAUACAUUUUCUCUUGGGUUUUUUUUCUUGGUUCUCUUUUUUCGGGAUUUUCUCUUCACGUAGCGGUUUUGAUUCAUUUGACCCGAUUAUGUCUCUAAUGUGAUCAAUAUCGCAGAGCCUCAGUAGGAUGGAUAUUACAUACAUAUAGAUUUCGGAGAGGCUAGAGCUGUAAAUUUCAUGUAGUACAAGUGAAAUUUUUUCGUGCCAUAUUUAGUUUUGGAAAGAAGCCACUUUUAGUUCUCAA